CACUCACAGGCGGAUAAACCCUCGCAUUGAAACCACCGGCAUUACAUCACCGGUUUUCCUUCCCGAAGCGUAAAAACAGUCUCGUUUAAUAUUUAACGGGAGGAUCAAAACGGCGAAGGAGCGAAGGAGACGGCCGGCUGUGUAUUUCACACGAGAUAUCAUGGGGAUUUAAAAAUAAUAACAAUGACAUAUAAUGUAAACAAGGGGAGGAUGGCGCAUUCGGCAAGAGUGAAUGUAGACCGUCAUCGUUCGACAGGAAGGUCUUUUGUGUGAGCAUGUGAACAGCGAAAGAUGACAUGGCAGAGGCUAAUUUAACAGCUAGCGGAGCCGAAACGCAGGGUGCAACGCUUUUUCCUUAUGAGGAGUAUGAGUGCAAAAUAUGUUACAAUUAUUUCGACCUUGACCGCCGCGCGCCAAAGAUUUUGGAAUGCUUGCACACGUUCUGCGAGGAGUGCUUGCAUACACUGCACCUCCGCGAGGACCGACCAUGGCGCAUCAGCUGCCCUGUGUGUCGCCACAGGACACCAGUGCCCGACUACCGGAUACAAAACCUGCCCAACAACACGAAAGUAACGGAAGCUUUCCCUCUCUAUAUCGAAUCGGACCCUCUUCCUCAGGACAGCUUACCCCCUUACCCGCCGCCGCUACAUCCCGCUCUCAUUGCCCUCCGGCGCGAAGAAGCGACAGGAGCGGCUCUGAGCCAGGCAACCCCCUCUACCACUGUGUCCACCGCCACGACAGUCUCCCAAGACUCUGUGCGUUAUGAGAGCUGCCAAAACUGCAAGCGCGUCGCUCUGACCACGGGCUGCGUCUGCGUGAUUUUCUCCUUCCUGUCCAUGCUCGUUUUGCUGUUCAUGGGCCUCAUCUUCGUGCAAAAUCACAACAACCCCCCCUCGCCAGCGGGCCCUAUUUGUCUGUCGGUAGCUAGCAUCUUGGCCAUGUUUUCGGUUGUUGUCACGUGGCUGAUUUGCUGGUUGAAAUACAGACCUGAGCACGAGACCGGCCGCUCGUCUACGGCGAACUCAAGCAGACGGAACGCCUAAUGGCAAAUGGCUCUUACUGUGUUUGUUUGUGUCUUAUUCUUCCCACGUCCCCAUUUCCUCUAAUCUUGCAGCUCCGUAAUCUUGUAGGGUAUCCAGUAUGGCCUCGAAAUGUCUAAUCAUGCUAUUUGGAAAAUAUUUCCAAAUGCUCGAAUGCCAUUCGCUCAAAAUGUUGAAUUUUAAGGUGAGACGCAACUAAUUUUAUACAUGUUUCAAUUAUAAUCAAUAGAUGUAUGUAUUGUGUGGGUUUUCAUUGUGAAUUUUGAUA